AUGCAACUGAGAACAGAACAAAAACCGAUGCCUGACCGUAAAUUCCAAUAUGGCUAGCUAAAUUACUAUUGUAUCUUCGUAAACAAACCAGCAAUAAGUAUCCCACGAUGCCCAGUAUAAUGGAAUCAGUGCUUGUUGGUGGGGGUACUGGGUUUGUUGGUACUGCAUUCAGCCAGCUACUGCGCAGUAAAGGAUAUGGUGUAACCACAGUAUCUCGAAUGCCUGGACCCCAAAGGAUGUCUUGGACUGAACUGGCUGAGUCUGGUUUGCCUGUUAACACUGUGGCUGUUGUAAGUCUUGCUGGACAAAAUGUUCUGGAUCCUACACGGCGCUGGACCCCAGGCUUCAAGCAAAAUGUGUGGGCUAGUCGAGUCAAUACUACACAAUCUCUUGCAAAUGCAAUCAUCAAAGCACCAUUUAAACCGAAAGUAUUCAUUUCCAUUUCAGGUGUAGGGAUAUACCAGCCAAGUCAAACAGCAGAGUACAAUGAAGACAGUCAUGGAGGAAGCUUUGAUUUUUUGUCAAAGUUAUGUCAAGAAUGGGAGAGUGUUGCCAAGUUGCCAGCAGAUUUGGGUAUCCGACAGGUCACAGUUCGAUCUGGUGUUAUACUUGGAAGAAAUGGUGGUAUGGUAAAACAGUUGUUCUUGCCAUUCUAUUUUGGAUUGGGAGGACCUGUGGGAAGAGGAGACCAAUAUAUGCCAUGGAUCCACAUCCAUGACAUGGCCAAUUUGUUGUUGUUUGCAAUCGAGAAUAACAAUGUGCAAGGCGUGCUUCAUGGAGUUGCUCCCCAGAUUGUGACGAACAAACAAUUCGCAAAAGCAUUUGGACGAGCUUUGUGGCGCCCUGCACUGAUACGACUUCCUGAGUUUGUGAUAAAUAUUGCAUUCAGUGAAGAGCGAGCUAAAAUUAUGACUGAGGGGCAGAAAGUGAUCCCCAAGCGAACUCUUGCAUAUGGAUUUCAAUACAAAUAUCCUGAUAUUGACUCAGCUUGUAGACAAGUUGCUAAGUUAAUCCCAUCAAAAUAAUGUUCAUCAACUAUUAAAUCAGUUUGUCUCUAAAUUGUCAGACAUUCAGAGAUGCCUUGUACUUUAAUUCUGUAUUUAUAUUGAGUGAGACUGUCAUGUUGCCAACUUGUUAACAAAACACAGAUAAACAUUACAUGUAUCUUUUGAUUAUAGAUGAUUAAACUUAUGUUAAAAUUA